UUUCUUGAAUUACCAAAACUUUGCGAGGCUUCUUUUUAGUUUUCAUAAAGCUCAGGGGGCGUUCAAUCCAAAGCAGGAAUUAAGUAAUCCUACAGUUACAAACGCAAUUGACCUUCAGAAUAUGAAGAGAAAUUUCAAAAAUUAGCAGCCGAAUUCAAUAAUGUUACUGCAAAUUUGCAACAUUUCCAGCAGCCCAUUUCUGGAAACCCGAAACAAUUUUGCACCCACAAAUCUCUUCCCCAAAAGAAAUCCCAUAGCUCCUUCUUUUCGCUUCCGUUGUGUCUCUGAACUCGCUUGUCAGAGUGUUUCAAUCAAUGAUAUUGCCGGCGUUUAUCAUAAUAAGGUUCUGGUAGCCGCAACUGUAUCUGCAGCAAUUGGGCAACUGACAAAACCGUUUACUUCGACACUCUUAUAUGGCAAGAAAUUUGAUUUAAGGGCUGCCGUUCAGGCUGGAGGAUUCCCUUCCACACACUCUUCUGCUGCUGUGGCAACUGCAACUUCUCUUGGUCUUGAAAGGGGAUUUUCUGAUGCUAUUUUUGGUCUGGCUGUAGUUUAUGCUAGCCUUAUUAUGUACGACGCUCAGGGAGUUAGGAGGGAAGUGGGCACUCAUGCAAGAGAACUAAACAAAGUUCUGCUCAGAACCGCGUCACAUUCAACUGCCUCCAGAAAUGAUGCCAAAGAUCUGACCAAUUCUUUCCCAAGAGAAUCAUCUCCAAAGAUGGAGAACAUUGACCCUCUUUUCUCAGAUGCGACGAAGCCAACAAAAUCUUCUCUAUUACUCAAGACUGAUGACAGGAAGCAGAGCAACACAUCCUUUAUAAGGUCCUCUAAUGUAGUGUCUGAGGUCAAUGGAGGAUUAGAAAGUUCGGCAGAGAGUUGCCCUCAAUUGAAAGAAUCAAUUGGCCACACAGAAAUUGAAGUCGCAGCAGGUGCCUUGUUGGGUUUCUUAGUUAGUGUAGCAAUAUGCCCAUAUGUAUAAUACUAUAGUAUACGAUUCAUUUUUCUGAACAUUUGAGUUCAAGUGUUAGCUUCUCCAUGCAGCUCGAACGAGCAUACAUGGAAUUUGUCAGGACAUAUUUGUACAUUCUGAUUGAAGGAUUUCUCCUGACAUAUUUGACAGGACCCUUUUAUGACCUAAACAUAAAG